AUGUAUGUCGAAGACAAGGACGGCAAUUGCAUCGACGGGCACAGAGCAAGGGAGAUACGCGCCGUGGUAACACAGUUCUGGCUUUGGCUGAAGAAGGUGAAUCAAUCGCCGAGGACGUGGACACAACUGGACCUCAAGCUAUCGGACUUGUAUCGACUCGAAAUGGCCUACCGAUUUCCUGAGCUGCAGCUCUGCGAAGGUGGAUGGAAGGCCGACAUGAUCGCGAUCCACUCAUACUCCCAAUGGUAUGGAAGAUCUGUUGUACAAGGCCCCCGUCGAGUCAAGAAAGAGGCCCCCAACCAGGAUAUGCUUGUCGCUCAACUCACUUCGGCCAAACGACAAAAUGAAGAUCCCGAUAGGCUUUCGAGCGAGCCCCCCAAAAAACCGAGGCUUGAUCCACCCCAGCACAGCACAGUUGCCGCCAAGGAUGGCAGAAUUCUCGCUCCGGACAACGAGGUCGCCCAUGCUCCAGAUGGCAAGGCUAUUGCUACGGAUGGCGACAGCAUCGGUCUGGAUGUUGGUGCUACCGCUAUGGAUGGCGGGGGCAUCACUUUGGGUGCCGAGACAGCCAUAACGAGUGUUGGGGGCAUCGUUGAGGAUGCUGAGAACACCGCCCAGGGUGACGAGGGUUCCGCUCAGCGCGACACGAUCGCUAACGUAUUAUCAGCUGACAGCAUCUUGCCAGCGUCCCCCACAUCACAGCCGCAUGGAUCCCAACCGGUUCCUCCAAGACCAAGAAUUGUAACAAAGCCAAUGAACCCGCUAUCAAAGCUUUUCCGAGGCGCUCCUACCAGGCCCCUGCCAACACUCGACAUCAACAGCCUCGGCCCUUCCGAUGCUGCCCCUGCUGCCAACACAUCUAGCGUGCUAUCUACGACACGUGACGCCACAACUAGCGGGUCGGCGCCCGUGUUUGCAGGUCCCGGUGUUACCACUGGCAGUGCUGACACCGCUACAGAUGCAGCAGCGGCAACGACAACAAUAACAACAACAACAACAACAACAACAGCGGCAGCAGCAGCCGCCACACUAGCAGCAGCAACACUAGCAGCCGUCGCACCAGCAGCCGUCGCACCAGCAGCCAUCGCACCAGCAGCCGUCGCACUAGCAGCCGUCGCACCAGCCGCACCAGCCAUCACCACCGCGGCAGCAACAACAGCAACAGCACCAACAGCACCAGCAGCAGCACCGGCAGCACCAGCAGCACCAGCACCAGCACCAGCAGUGCCAGCUGCCUCAGCUUCAAGCGCUUCUUCAUCGAAGGCUCCUAGCCGGAAAAAGGGCGUUGGUAAUGGUGUGUUGCGCAUAGGGAAGCAACUUGUCGCAAGGAAUAUAUGUGCACGGCAAUGGAAAGAACAAUUUCCGAAAGGAACGACUAACGAAUUCAAAGUUUACUGGUCCAGUCUCUCUCCAGACGAACUCGCGGUAUAUGACCGUCUCGAGCAAGAACAGAAAAUGAAUAUUGUACAGUCGUGA